AACUAGUAAUGGAGUUUGGUUUUUGUUUUGUUUUAAGUCCGUACGGAAAAUGUUAAAUAAAGUGCUGUCAUUUCGGCAAAUACUGAAUGAUGCGGCCAAGUGGUUUGAUUUCAACUUCGGCUCGAAUUGAAAUCGUUGAUCAACUGGUUUAAGGACAGAUUUAUCCUAACAAGUCUAUAAGCGGUGUUUGUGUUGUUCCUAUUACCCAGGAGGCCAUGAUGCACGAGUACAGGGAUCAAUAUAUCGGCGAUGAUGCACAGAGCAUGCGUGGUGUGUUAACUCUCAAGUACCCGUUGGAGCAUGGGAUUGUACUCAACUGGGAUGAUAUGGAGUCGAUUUGGACUUACACAUACGACCAGCUCCGUGUUGAGUCCCAGGACUUCCCUGCCUUGUUGACAGAGGCACCCUUGAACCCAAAGUACAACAGAGAGCGCAUGUUACAGAUCAUGUUCGAGACAUUUGAGGUGCCUUGCCUGUACAUAGCUGUACAAGCUGUGAUGGCUUUGUAUUCUACUGGACGAACCACAGGCACCGUUUUCGACUGCGGUGAUGGAGUAAGCCACACUGUUCCAGUGUACGAGGGAUACUGGCUCCCUCACGCAACCCAGAGAAUGAACCUGGCAGGAAGGGACCUCACCAAGUACAUGAUGAGGAUCCUUAUGGAGAGGGGCUACUCAUUUACGACCUCGGCCGAGACAGAGAUCAUACGGGACAUCAAGGAGAAGCUCUCUUACGUAGCGCUUGAUUUUGAUCGCGAACUGCGGGAGUCUGAGACUAGUGAUAAGUGCGAGGAGUUGUAUAUGCUCCCUGACGGUCAAUCCAUACGCGUGGCAAAUGAACGAUUCCGCUGCCCAGAGGUCUUAUUCAAUCCCAGCAUGCUUGGCAUGGACAUUGUUGGAAUACACGAAUCCAUCUACAACUGCAUCAGGAAGUGUGACGUGGAUAUCAGAAAGGACUUGCUUGAAAAUAUCUUGUUAUCAGGUGGAAGCACAUUGUUACCUGGACUGGGUGAACGCCUUCACAAAGAGAUAGCGACGCUCGUCAAUCCACGUGACCCCGGCCGGGUCAGGGUCAUAAGCCCGGAUGACCGGAAGCAUGCCGUAUGGAGCGGAAGUGCUGUGCUCGCUGGACUGUCGACUUUCCCUCAGAUGUGUAUUUCUAUGCAGGAAUAUGACGAAAUGGGACCAGAAAUUGUUCACAGAAAAUGCUUCUAACAUUAUUGUAAAUUUUACCAAAGACAAACUUAAGAUUCAGUUAAUGUUUAUGACCGAAAUAUUGAGGUCAUAUUUAUAAAUCCAUAGUUAGAGUAGAGUUUUUCAAGUGUAUAUUUUAUUCAAGAACUGAACCAUUUUAUUCAAGGAAACUGAGUUUCUAAAGUAGAAAAUAUAUUAGGCAAUAAGCAUUUAUUUAUAACAAGGAGGGCAGGGCAGAGUUCUGCUUGGCGAAGAAAAAGAACUCAACCCCGAUAACUUUGGAGACUUUCCAAAUAUUUCCUACAUUCUCGAAAAGAUUGCCGGAAAUCACUUGAUUUCUUAAUCACACCGGCUUUACCCUUGGGGUAAGAAGAAAAUGAAUACAUGUUUCCGUGUAAAUUUUACUGAGGGAAUGGCUGGAUGAAGCGAGUUAUCACACAGUCAUAUCCAUGUUUUUAAGUCUUACGUGAAAUAUCUCAUUCAAUACAAAUCAUAUCCAUUCACUUACCAAAGAUACUGAGAACCACAUAAUAAUCGAAUUUUAAUCUUUUAAGCCAAAAUAGAUGCAUUUUAUCGAUACAAUUUCAGAUUCUUCCUUGUCAAUGUUCUACCGCUUUUGUUGUCUUCUCGUUCGUGGGUAGAAACAACUAGAAACGAGGCUUUUAAUUCCA